CGCUCGGUGUGGCCGCGCAGGAGGCGUUUCCCAGCCCCACGCUGGCUGGAGGCCAAGGCUCCCAAAUGAGCCUCCUUGCACCACACCGUGUGCUGGGAGCUCCCACUCACACCUCCCCGGUAUAAAACCCCGCAGCAGCGCAGCGCGCGCACAGCCGGGACAGCCCUCGCAGCAGGUAAGUGGCCCGACCCAAACUGAGGGGGACAAGGGGGGGGUUCCCCAUGCCCAGGGGUCCACCACCUUCCUCCCCAGCCCCCUCCCACGCUCGGCUCUGCCACGACUUGCAGGGACGCUCCCACCCCCGGGACGUGUCCCGGCAGCUCGGCGCAUCCCAGGGCGUCUUCCUCGCCCCGACUCCGAAGGAGGGGAAAGCUCCCCCAAAGCCAACGCUGAUCGCGACUCUCUCCCCCCCCCCGGCAGCACCCCAAGACCCCCCAGAGCAAAGGGACUGCAGACCCCACAGGAGGAGCAGCAUGGGCCAGUGCAACUGCCGCAAGAAGCGCAAGGACAGCCAGGAGCUCACCGAUGUGGAGCGCGCCAUCGAGACGGUCAUCAACCAGUUCCACUGCUACGCUGUGAAAGGGCAGAAGGAGUACCUGACCCCCAACGAGAUGCGGGAGCUGGUGGUGCAGAAGCUGCCCCAUUUGGGGAAGUGCGUUGGACCCCUGGAUGAGAAGAUCGAGUGCAUGGGAGACCCUGAUGAGGCCAAACUGGAGUUCGGGGAGUACUGGGACAUGAUGGGGGAUGCAGCCAAGGGCUGUCGGAGGAAGUAGGGCAGGGGGGGGUGGGAAGGCGCCGCUUCGGCCCCGCGCCACGAGGAGCUCCUCAGCCCCGCAGCGCCGCAGCGAGAGGGACUUUGCUCCUUUCCCCCAAACCCCUCCGAUGUGGGGCUCCGGAUCAGCACCGAUGACACCGUCAGUGGUUUGGGGGUGUUUUCUGCCCCCCUCUCCUCCGUCCUGGUGACCGCAGUCCCUGCACGGGUGUGGGGUCCCCCGUGCCCCCUCUGAUGGCUGCGCUCGGGGUGGGCCGGUGGCGGGAUGUCAGCUGCUUGCGGCACGUGCAACCGUUUUUGUAUAAAUUAAUAAAGGAAAAAAAUGGAAGAAAACAA